AUGCGUGAAUGGUUGUUAUUCACUGUACGGCAUAGUAUUGCGAAUUGGCUCGAACAACUUCCACUGCAGACGGCUCAAAGAGUCAUGCAUGUCGUUUGGCCACAUACAAUCGAGUGGGAAAUACAGCAUGAGAAAAGUGAAGAUGUCGACAAUGACCUCUUCCAGUAUUUCUACUGGUCCCAAAGUGCAGCCAGUCCAAUGCGGGAACCCAACGUAGCGGAGCGUUCUGUGGUGAUUGCCUUUCAACCUCCAUGGAUCCUGUCGCCACAGGACAUACAAAGCUUUGUGAAACUGAAUUCGUUCCCGUCCUUCGAAAUGGUUGAGGAGCAAGACAGAUACUAUCAGAGUGCACAGCGCGUUUGGGCUAAGGUUUGGGAUGUAUGCUUCAACAAGCGAUGCCCCUGGUUCGUCCUGUCAUCCGGCUGUGACUGGGUCUUUGGUGCAUUCACACCAGGAUGGACUAGAGCAUUCGUAUCCCCCGUCAUCUCUAUGACUCAAGACAACCCCAGCCCGCUUGAGUGCCUGGUUUACUGGCUUGCAUCCGCCAAUGGAAUACCUAAUGCAUGGAUGAUCCCGAAGGUGGGUGAAAGGCCACUGAACACCACUGUCGAGUCGCCGUGCAUUGCGUACGACCUCCUGCCUCACGACUCCGAGGGCGCCAUGGAGCUUGCGCUCCUGAUCUAG